CAUUUUUGCAGAGGAAGAAAUGCGUAUCCUCGAUCUCGGAAUUUCUUCACUUUAAACAAGAAAGAGGACCUUACAAUGGAGGAAGAAGCUGAGAGGAAAAUAGGCUGGUUGCUGAAACUUUUCUUUGCUGGAACGGCAACAUAUGUCGGAUACCAGUUCUUCCCUUAUAUGGGUGAUACUUUGAUUCAACAAUCGGUCUCGCUUUUACAUGUGAAGGAUCCCUUGUUUAAGAGAAUCGGAGCUUCUAGGCUUUCUCGUUUUGCCAUUGAUGAUGAAAGGAGAAUGAAGGUUGUUGAGUUGGGUGGGGCUCAAGAGCUUCUACAUAUGUUGGGGGCUGCUAAAGAUGACAAGACAAGGAAAGAAGCUCUAAAGGCUCUUGCUGCUCUCUCUAAAUCAGAUGAAGCUGCCAACUUCCUGGGAUCUAAAGGAGCACUCUCUAUCGUCGAAUCAACUCCAGAUUCCUUGGAAGAUACAGACAUUUCAACUUACAAGUCAAACAUAAUCAAGAAACUAGAUGAUAAAAACAUCGCCGCUUCUUCCAACUAA